GUUCAUGUCACUACAUAAAACUAUCAGAUGGUUAGAGGAAGGCCAUGGAGGCAGCCACUUAGCUCGUCUUACCAAGGACGCCAAAUGAAGUCUGUUUAGCUCUUCUAGCGGGACAAGCUGACUUACUUUGCAAGAGAGACUUCCAGCAGCCGUCACUCCAUAAAUGUGCACCGCCCGCCCGCCCGCCUGCACAGCGCACACCGACGGACAACCUGGCUCUUUUACGCGCGACGCAACUCCAGCUUUUUCCUGAUUUUGAACUUUCAUGUGCGGUUGUUUUCAUGAAGAACUGCAAGCUUUCACCUAGGAAUUAAAGAGGGACUACUUUUUUUUAUAAUUCAUCUGAAAAAUAUCAAGGAUGCCUCGUCCGGGGAGAAACACGUACAGCGACCAGAAGCCUCCCUACUCCUACAUCUCCCUCACUGCCAUGGCGAUCCAGAGCUGCCCGGAGAAGAUGCUGCCUCUCAGUGAAAUUUACAAGUUCAUCAUGGAUAGAUUCCCUUACUACAGAGAAAACACUCAGAGGUGGCAGAACUCCCUGCGCCACAACCUCUCCUUCAAUGACUGUUUCAUUAAAAUCCCGCGGCGCCCGGAUCAGCCAGGUAAGGGCAGCUUCUGGGCUCUGCACCCCAGCUGCGGGGACAUGUUUGAGAACGGAAGUUUUCUGAGACGCCGAAAGAGAUUCAAAGUGUUGACUUCGUCCGAUCACUUGGCGCCCAGCAAGCAGUCGGAUGCGGCACAUUACCUCCAGCAGCAAGCCAAGCUGAGGCUGAGCGCACUGGCAGCCACCGGCACGCACCUGCCCCAGAUGUCAACCUACAACCUGGGAGUGACUCAGACGUCAACUUUCAAGCAUCCCUUCGCCAUCGAGAACAUCAUAGCCAGAGAGUACAAGGUCCCGGGCAGCCUGGCCUUCUCCACUAUGCAGUCCAUGUCUGCUGGAUACCCGCUGCACAACCAGCUGACCACAGCGUGGCCCCACAUGUACAACACCAGCGUGAUUGACACGGCGGCUCCAAUCUCCAUGGCGAGCAGCGACUACAGCGCGUACGGCAUGCCCAUCAAGUCUCUGUGCCACGGGGGACAGUCUUUACCCGCCAUCCCGGUGCCCAUCAAGCCCACCCCGACCUCCAUGGCGGGCUUCUCGGCGUUACCGCCACACAUCCCGGCGUUUCUAUCAAACUCUCCGCAGUCUCUGAGCCCGACGUCCCCACAGACAGCGACCAGCCAAAGCAGCCCCGCGACCCCGAGCGAGACUCUGACGAGCCCGUCCACGCUGCAGUCUGUGGCUGUGCACUGACCACAUUAACUCUCCCAAUAAUAAAUGAUAAAAAAAAAGAGAGAACUGCUGAGGCCCUCUUUAUCGAUCCCAAAGUUUAUAUUUUCUGUCGUCGGAAACUAUCAAGGCGAGUUGCAGUUGCAUAUCGAUUUAUUUGUGUAUGUGUUGAAUGUGUCGCUUUAAAAACGUGUCAUAGAAGUCCAGCACAGAAUCGCACAGCGAAGUAUUGCUCUUGAAAAUAUAAAUUAUUUGAUAGUUCUAGUUUUCAGUUUGUUGUGACAUGUGGAGUGUUGGAAGUGGAGCCACAGAGAUGGAGGAGGAGGAGGAAGUUCGUUUUGACAAAUCUCCACUCUGUUUCACUUCCAGUUCUCGUGGCAGAUACUGAUUUUUAUUUUUGUUUUUGUUUUUCUUUUCUCAGUUUGAUCAAGACACAGAUCUUUUGCACCCGUGUUUGUGUGACCUCUGUAAUGUCAGUGAAAUAACGAGGCAAUGGCUCUGGAGUUUCUGUUUGCGUUUAAUACUGGAACCACAAAGGAGGAGAAACCAAAUAGGACUAGGAUUUAGAUUUGUUCUUACAUGACCUGUAUAAAAAAAAUAAGAGAGCAAACUGAAAUCUUUUAGAUGGAGAAAAGUAUCGUGAGACGUCCUCGAAAUGCAAGAUGUGAAUAUUGCAAAUAAGUGACACUGAAAUGUUGUAAAAUGCACUUUUUAGUUUUAUGUUUUAGAUAUCUAUUUUCCAGAAAAUGUUCUGUGAAGCAUUUAAUUUAAAAGGCUGUGGUGACCAUGUGUAACAGAAGCUGUACAUUUCUACUUUUGUUUUUAUUUUUUAGGUAUAAAAGCAUGCAUUCUAAAAAAAACAAACAAUUUGUGUUGUUACUUGUUGCUGUUAUUGUUGUUGGUUUGUUUGUUUUUGUUUGUUUUCUUAUUUUGUUUUUUGUUUUUGCAAGCAUGCGUGCUUUGGAAAAGUGUGCAAACAUUCUGCAAUGAAUUGGACAAAUGAGCUGGUCAUCGAAUUAUUUUCUCAUUAAAAGUGAAGUAAACAAUCAACAAUGUUUCUGCACAGUCAUAUAUUAACCUUGUCCUCUUAUUGUUGUUAUUUGUAUUAUUACUUAAGUAGCAAAAGGAAGUAGCAAAGGUUUAUUUUUGGAUAUGAAAAUGUUUCCAGAUAGUUUUCUUUUUACAGUUUUAAAACAACAAUAAUAUUAAUAAAAAAUAAAUAAAUAAAAAUAAUAAAUAAAUAAUAAUAAUAAUAAAAGUAGUAGUUGUGUGUCUAGGCCUGCUAAAUUCUAGUCUUUGCUGUGCAUGGCUGCAGUGUGUGCAGAGACAUGGAUGGUGCAGUGCAUUAGGAUGCAUAGAGCUGCGAUGCCAUGGUCACAGCGCAGACAAUUGAGCUCAUUCAUCAAGCUGCUGCCUGAUCACAAUUAAUCCCCAAAAUCAACAUUUAAAGAAGAGCUACACAAAUGGAUAUUGUUGCUUUUUAAAAAAUAAUUUCACAGCCGAGGCAUUUCCACUCUUGAUUGUAACACCAGUGUCGUAUAUUUUUCUGAGUGCAACAGGUUUGUGUCCACAGACAAGGAUUUGUUGGAAACCAGUUUUCCGCGUUUUAUUCGAUUUGGAUCGAAACACGUCGAAUAAAUUCUCGUCUUUAUUUGUCUCCUCUAUACGAAGCGCUGGUCCAUCUCGGGGUAUUAAACAAAUACAUUAGAAUUCCGUCACUUUAUGCAAUCGAGUGGAUCAAAUAAAGGCUCUCGGGCCACUUCAUUCUCCCUCAUUCAGCUGAAUUGAAAGUGCAAAGAAUGGCAAAGUUAGACUGGGCCACCAAUGUAGAUUUAGUCUUUUUUCAGCGAGACAAAAAGACUGAUUUUUCACAAACACAUUGCUGACUGGGGAACUAGGAAACGAGCUGCAAGACCCUUUUGGAAUUCAAAUCCACCCCUCCCCCCACGGACUAUUUGGACAACAGUGUUAGUUUUUUUUUUUCUUUCCUCCCCACUUUGGGCGUUUGUGUGUGUGUGUCUGCCUGCGUGUGUGUUACAUUAAUUGUGUGACUGUGGAUAUUUAAACAUUUUGAUACAGCAAGGCCAGAGCAACAGCUUUUAUUGUUUUUAAAACACAUUUGAUUUAUUUUAACAGACUUUAAACUUUGUUUUCUUCACUCACUGAAGCAAGUAGCUAAAAAUCCCCCUGAAAAUAAAUACUAUAAAAGUCAUGGAAGUAUUGCCUCAAAUUAACAAUAUAUCUAAUAUAUACCUGUGUGUGUUUUUGUUUUAUUUUAAAUUUAAGAUGACCUUAUAAAUGUUAAAUACAAUAUGGUAACAUGGACGUUUGAAUUUUGUAUUAAUCCUCGACUGUGAAAUAUUAAAACAAUAUAAUCAAAA